AUGUCAAUCGCCCAUGAUUUAUAUAUCGUAUUCGGUGAAGUCGAUGGGCUAGUUGCACUAUUCAGACAAACCAGGGUUGUUGCACAGGGUCACGAGGAAACCGGUGAAUCGUUGCUGCGCAAUUUACAUGCUCUGAAGCUUGGGUUAAAACAGAAGGAUUUGUAUGUGACCGACCUUCCAAUUUUCCUGAAGCCGUUUUUGGACGUGAUUAUCUGCGAAACUACAACCGCUGAUAUUACCAAAGCGGCCCUCGAGUCCAUUUCCGUUUUUAUCAGAAAAGGAAUCUUCAAUGAGGUCAAAAGCGGAAACGCGAGGAAGGCUGUCGAAGCCAUUGCAAAUGCCGUUACACAGGCGAAAUUUGUGGGCGGUGCAAAUACGGGCGGUGAUGAAUGCGUGCUAUUCAAGAUUUUGGCGGUUCUCACCGAAUUGCUGACCUCACAAUCUGGCCAUUUGCUAUCAGACACGGCCGUCUGUGAUAUGUUGCAGUCCUGUUUUCGCAUAUGCUUUGCUGAAAAUUUGUCUUUAAUCCUUAGGGAAGCCGCAAAAUCGGCAUUGAAUUCUAUGGUAACCCUGCUGUUCAAGCGCUUCCCAGAACUGGCCACGAAUGAGGUUCAGAGCGGCCAGAAGAGAGACAAACAAAAGCUUCGGCGAGAAAUGGCCAAUCUUGGGCUCGAGGUCCCAAUGGAGCUAAUUGCAGUCCCAGGAGAGCCUACAGCAUCAGAAGCUGAAAAUGCAAAUCCUGCCCCUGUGGCACAGGAAGCCGAGGAGAAGCCGGAAGAGCCACCAAAACCCGAGAAACCCGCCCAGAUGCCUUAUGGGCAGCCAUCGGCUCUGGAAGCUUUUCGCUUUAUGUGUACUUUGAUCAACCCGAGGGACGACCGCAAUACCGAACAAAUGAUUCGUCUUGGUCUGGACCUACUGGUGGCCGUCUUCGAGAGCACUGACAUUGACUUUGGGAAAUCGCCAAAGCUCCGCCACCAGGUUACAGGCCGCCUCAGCAGAGCUCUAAUUGCGCUUCUCGACUCCAAAAAGUUGACAAUCCUGGCUUCAACGGCCCGUGUUGCUUUCCAUCUUUUCGAAAGAAGUCGCGAUUGCUUGAAGUUGCAAAUGGAGGCUUACUUCCAGCAGCUGCAGACCAUCAUUGCCAGUCCGCCGACGACCGUUUCCAACGAGAAGAAGGAAUUCGCAAUGUCCACAAUCGUGCGCCUGUGGCAAAUCCCGGGGCUUGUCAAUGAGCUUUACCUUAAUUAUGAUAACGAUCUCUACUGCAGCAACCUCUUCGAAGAUCUCAUCAAGCUCUUUUCCGAGAAUGCAUUCCCACUUCACGGCCAAGAGUCGCUGUCAUUCCUGGGGCUCGAGGCGCUUCUUGUUGUUGUCGACUACAUCAAACUAAACUGUGAUGAGCUUAGCGAGGAGCAACUGACUCGCCAAAACAAUGAUCUGACUCACCUCCAGAAUCGGCAUGCCUCAAAUCGGACUGAUUUUGAUAUGUCGAGAGACGACGUGUAUGGGCGUAAGAAGAAAAAGCAAAUUAUUACGGAAGCAACGGCAUUGUUCAAUACUAGCCCGAAGAAAGCCGUCGAAUACCUACGCGAGAAAGGAAUCGUUGACAACAAUCCGCUCACGAUCGCUGAAUGGCUACGCGUCAAUCCGCACCUAGACAAGAAGAUGAUUGCCGAUUAUAUCAGCAACCGAAAACACGCAGAGAUCUUGAAAGCCUACGUCUACUCAUUCAACUUCAACAACACCCGUCUUGACCAGGCUCUUCGCGUCUUCUUAGAAACCUUCCGGUUGCCAGGAGAAUCUGCUGAAAUCUCGAUGGUCAUGCAACACUUUGCAGAGCAUUGGUUCCAAUCCAACAACAAGCCAUUUGUUGACGCAGAUGCUGCUUUUACCUUAUCUUAUGCUGUUAUUAUGCUCAAUACCGAUCAGCAUAAUCCUCAGGUCGGCCGCAAUCAACCUCGCAUGACCGUCGAAUCUUUCAAGAAGAACCUGAAAGGCACCAACGGCCCUGGAGAUUUUGAUCCAAAGCUCCUAGAAGAUAUCUUUGCAUCGAUAAAGGGCAAUGAAAUCGUGAUGCCGGCUGAACAGACUGGAUUGGUCAAGGAGAAUUAUCUUUGGAAAGUGCUUUUGCAUCGAGCUCAAACAUCUGAUGGCAUUUUUAUGCAUGUACCAACUGGCUGGAACGAUCAAGACCUCUUCCGGCUCACCUGGGGUCCAGCUUUCUCGGCGCUCUCUUAUGUCUAUGACAAAUGUGACGAGGAGGAAAUUAUCAAGAAAGUGAUGAACGGGUACUACAACUGCGCCUCCAUUUCGGCCUUCUUUGGAAUGUCCAACGUGCUCGACAACCUCAUCAUUUUGCUGUGCAAAUUCAGCGGGUUGAUGUCGAACACUGAUGAAAUCCAAGAAGAAACCCUGAAGGCCAACAUCAAGCAGUACGGGGUGGGAAAUUACGGUCAACACUCUGUCGGAGUGGCGCUUGGGGAUGAUUUUAAGGCUCUUACGGCGGCAAAGGCAAUCUUCGAGUUGGUACUGGGGUAUGGUGAUACGUUGCAUGAGGGCUGGAAAUACGUUGUCGACUGUUUGAUCCAAUUAUAUCGGGCAAGAAUGUUGCCAAAUGCAUUCACGGAAGUCGUCGAUUUUGUUGAUUCGAAGGGAUGGGUUAGCAUCAAUCGGGAAUAUGAAAAACCUCUCGAAAUUUCGAAGAGCGAAUCUAACUUCCUAUUUUGGUUUCCCUUCGGCCCUGCCGCAGAAGCUGCAGCGCCAACCAAGAAGCCAAUUUGGGAAGAUGCUGCCUAUCAGGCGGCGAAAGAAGUGCUCGAGCAAUGCCAUCUCGAUCAAAUCAUCGCCCGCUCAACAGAUCUACCCAGCUCGGCGGUCGGAGAAUUCUUGUCAGCUAUCCUACACGUCAGCCAAAGUGCUGUCUCCCGCCUCGACAAGAACAAUUUGACAGCAGCCUUCCAAGCAGAACCAGAAUCCGAAGAUUCGCUGGUCUUCUGCUUGGAGUUGUUGACGAAGUUGCUGCUCACUAACAGAGAUCGAAUCAACGACCUCUGGACGUACGGCCGAGCUCAUAUGGAAUGGAUCUUUGCUACGCUGAAAGAUAAGAGCUGUCUGUUGGCGGAGCGAGCCAUUGUGGACUUGCUGCACAUCGUCGAUCAAACAUUCCAUAUCUUUGCUGUUGCUGAUGAAGGGGUUGCUUGGGAUAUGUUGCCUUCGCUCGGGUUGUUAAAGAAACUUACUCCAAAAGAAUUCUUCGUCCACUCUCGCCAAAUCUCCAACGGGUUAGGUCAGCUGCUGUACAAUAGUGCUGCCAAUAUUCACCAGGCUGAAGAGUGGAACCUCGUCACAACUCUUCUAGAAGCUGCUGGAGCUGCCGCUCAUGAAGAACCACCUCAUGAAGGACCACACGGCAGUGACAACGAAAGCGCCGGCAAUGCGCCACAAGAUUGGAUCCACCUAGAUCAUCGGGAUGCCCUAAAAGCCCGAGACGAAGCUCAGCGAAGCUUACUUGGUGACAAGGCGAAAGACGAUCACGCGACACUGGUGCUCCGUCAAAACCUGGGUCGUCACGAACCAUCAGCCUUCUUUACGGUCUGUGAUAUUCUGAAGUUCUUGCUCCGGGACACCGCCCAUGUCACUCCUGAGAACUUUGAAUGCUUCAUGAGGUGCUUGAGGACAUUGAUGGAAGCUAGCGUUGAUGGUGGAAAAUAUGCUGCUGGCCCUGCUUCCGGUGAAGCGCAAAAUCGGCUACGAUCGGAGCACACCCACAAGUCCCUGGCCGCUAGUAAAUCGGAAGCCAAGGAGCUUGGUGAACAGGAGAAGAUGUUGACUGCUGAAUACACCCAACGGUCAUUGCUCCUUUUGGAUCUAUGCCAUCAACUGCAUUCCAAUGCAGAGGACAUCUACAAGAAGUGGGCAAAGCCUGGUGCUGAUGCUACCUUCGAAGUCUGCCCGAUCGUGCUGAAGCCUCUGCUCCAAGCUAUCGCUAGAUUAUGUUGCGACACCCGAGCAGAAGUCCGACACGUCGCAUAUGAUCUUUUAUCUUCCAAGGGAGUUCUAUUCUGGCGAGCCCUCCUUUCAACCAACCCCAAGAUCAAUCGACAACUUGUCUGGAAUGUCUGUUAUGCUGAGAUCCUAUUCCCCUUGCUAUCCGAAUUACUCGAUGAGUUCUCUCCACUGGACCAUCAUGGAAUGGAGGAAACGAGGCUACGGGUGCUUCAACUUGUCACAAAAUCGUUCCUGAUGGAUCUGGACGAUAUUGCGGAGAGCCCGAUGUUUACGGAGCUCUGGCUACGACUACUUGAUUACCUUGAGAAGUACUGUAGAGUGGAUCGGUUGGGUAAUUUGAACGAGACGGUGCCGGAGAUUCUGAAGAAUAUGCUCUUGGUCUUUCACAGCAAAGAUCUGUUCAACAAAAUCCCAGCCCUGUACCAGAUUACAAUCCACAGGGUUGGAAAGGUUUGGCUAGGGCUGGUGCAGGAGACGAUACCUCCACCAUCAGCUGCUCCAGUUGAGAGAAAACCUGCCUCACUUGUGAAUCAAGCGGUUUCACCACAACCCUCUCGUAUCUUCCUGUCUGCCGCAAACGGAACGAGCGAACCCACGACAAAUCCGACGGAAACUCGACAACCCCCAGAAGCCACGGCUCCAAUUUCCAUCGUUCCUGAGCCGAAACCCGAAUAUGAGGUCGUUGUGCAUUCCGGAGCUUCUUCGCCGUUGACUAGUCCGCCAAUUCUUCCAUCGGUUUCUCAUCCCUCGAUUCCGGCGAGCCCACCACCAUCCGCGCAGGUAUAUCGAUACGAUAAUGUCUCACAUCAGCCUUCGCAUCCUGGCUCGACGAUUGAGAGCCCACCACCUCAACAAGUCCCGCAAUACCAAGCAGCCCCAUUAGUACAACAAUACAACCCAGCUGACUAUGGAAUGAUGCCAAAUCAGCCUACGAGCGCCGCGCCGGCUCCGAUUUACCAUCCAGCACCUCAAAUGGCUACCGACUACCCGCCUUACAGCCAUCCUGGCCAACUCCCAUAUCAUCCGAUGCAUCCGCUUCCACACUAUACCUAUGAAAACCAAAUGGCACCCAACACUUCCGCUCCCAUGCCGGCACCUUUGAUAAACCAAGAAAAUCCCCCAAUUUCCUAUGCCAAUCCCUUGAUGUAUCCAAUGGAGGGGCAUCAGCCUCAAAUUGAUCCGGCCAACCGGACGAGCGCUUUUGUACCGUAUACAGGAUCGGAACACCCACGCGUCCAUCCAAAGCACAUGAAC